AUGUCCACACGAAAGCCCGUCUUCAACCAGAAGGUCCUCUACGACACGACGCCCCUGCCCGACUCGAUCCCCAAGGUCAAGGAGCUCGGCGCCAGCUCGGCCCCGCUCCUGUCGGCGUCCUUCUUCAUCGGCGCGCGGUGCGGUGCCUACAAUGACGACUUCAUGCAAUGCAAGACCGACAACCCCGGCAAGGGCGAGUUCGAGUGUCUGAAGGAGGGCCGGAGGGUCACCAGAUGCGCCCGGAGCGUGAUCGAGGAUAUCAACAAGUCCUGCCUGGAGCAGUUCCGUAAACACUGGGAGUGCCUCGACAACAACAACCAACAGCUCUGGCAGUGUCGGCCAGCCGAGUGGAAGCUGAACAAGUGCGUGUUUGAGAACUUGAAGCUCGAAAAGGUCAUCCCGGACCAGCCCAAGAACUCGACCCCGGUGCACCUGAGACAAAAGCAGAUCUACUCCCACCAUACCAUCCCGCCGACCGCCGAGCCGUUCAUCGCACCCAAGUCUGCUGCCGCCCCGACAUCGUGA